AUGGCUACACCAAUGCACCCUGCUAGUUCAGUUGAAAAAGAUUAUUCAGGAGAAAAAGUGGUCCAAAAACCCUAUAGAGGAAUGACAGGAUCCCUACUUUACCUUACCGCUUCUAGACCUGUCAUCAUAUUUAGUGUAUGUCGAAGAUUUCAAGCUGACCUUAUGGAAUCACAUGUAACUCCUGUCAAGAGAAUCCUCAGAUACCUUAAAGGCACAAACUUAGUGGAUAUUGUGAUUCUGAUUAUGCUGGAGAUAAACUUGAGAGAAAGAGCACCAGUGGCAAUGCACCUUUUUAGAUAUUUAUCUUCAUUUAAAGCAGCUUGGAGACUAUUUGCCUUUGAUAUCAAUUAUAGAGAACCUGUUGUUGAGCGUUUGUCUUUUCACUUUCCAAAUGAACAAGUUGUGGUUUAUGAGGAUGGUGUUUCAUUGCAAGAUGUAAUUGACAAUCCAAACUCUCAUGAGUCAAAAUUCUUAGGAUGGAUGGAUGCAAAUAGAAAAUAUCUCGAAGCAAGAAAUCUUACAUGUAGUGAAUUUCCUGCAAUGUUUGUUUGGAACAAAAGCAAGUAUAAGUGGACUAAGAGUAAGAAGGGAUUUGCAAUUGGAAGAUUGCAGUUUAUUCAUCUUGGAAGUGGCCAAUUGUAUUACAUGAGAAUAUUUCUUAAUCAUGUCAGAGGGGCAAAAUCAUUUGAUGAUAUCAGAACUAUAAAUAAUAUUAUCUAUGGCACCUAG